CGCGCGUCUUUAAGCUGGCGGAAGAGCCGGCGCGCGAGGCUAGGCGGCGGGCGGAAGCGGCUCGCACUCCAGGCGCUGCCAUGCCUGGAGACCACCGCCGUAUCCGCGGACCGGAGGAGUCCCAGCCACCGCAGCUGUACGCGGCCGACGAGGAUGAGCCGCCUGCCGCCCGCGACCCGACGCGGCUGCGGCCUGUGUACGCGCGCGCCGGGCUUCUGAGCCAGGCCAAGGGCUCGGCCUACCUGGAGGCAGGAGGCACCAAGGUGUUGUGCGCCGUGUCUGGCCCGCGCCAGGCCGAGGGCGGCGAGCGCGGCAGUGGCCCUGCCGGAGCGGGCGGCGAGGCCCCGGCCGCGCUGCGCGGUCGCCUGCUCUGCGACUUUCGCCGCGCACCCUUCUCCGGCCGCCGACGCCGCGCGCCCCCGGGCGGCGGCGAGGAGCGCGAGUUGGCCUUGGCGCUGCAGGAGGCGCUGGAGCCGGCAGUGCGCCUGGGGCGCUAUCCGCGCGCGCAGCUCGAGGUGUCGGCGCUGCUGCUGGAGGACGGCGGCUCCGCGCUGGCCGCCGCGCUCACGGCCGCGGCACUUGCCCUGGCGGACGCGGGAAUUGAGAUGUACGACCUGGUGGUGGGCUGCGGCCUGAGCCUCGCGCCGGGACCCGCGCCCACCUGGCUGCUAGACCCCACGCGGCUCGAGGAGGAGCGUGCCGCCGCCGGGCUCACCGUGGCGCUCAUGCCGGUGCUCAAUCAGGUGGCCGGGCUGCUAGGCAGCGGGGAGGGCGGCCAGACAGAGAGCUGGGCCGAGGCCUUGCGCCUGGGUCUCGAGGGCUGCCAGCGCCUGUACCCGGUGCUGCAGCAGUGCCUGGUGCGGGCAGCCCGCCGGAGGAGCGCCGCCUCCCCGUCCUGAGUCCUAAGCCUGAGCAACGAUGUAUGGAGUGCUGCUGCUGCUGUCCGUGAAGGACCUGUGCAGUCUGUCUCCUGCCUCCACCCAGCUAAGAAGCAGGAACACAGGAGAGGAGGUGGGGACAUGUACAUAUGAACCGAUGUACUGGACAGCUGUGUUGGAGUGACUUUUUACAAACUGUUUUAUUAAAGGGACUUUGCUACUUGAGCUGGCGCCCAGUUAUGACCCAAUUGAACAAACUUAUGAAAAUAGCCUUACUCCCAAGUUGGAAAGGACUUCAGCUGGACUUAUCUGGAAGAUGAGACCUGGAGCUAUGGCCUUUUAAGAGAUGAACCCUGUAUAGGCCAGCUAUUGACUCCUUCCAAUAUAACUGGGCUACUUUUCAGAAGAUGGACAAGGGGGCUGUGCCUCAAUAUCUAAGCUAAAACAUAACAAAAAACUUUUUUAUGUCU